AUGGUCAGACCCGAGCCAUGGCUAAACACAGCUGUUACAUACGUCGACGGCCCAACUGCGUUCAAAACCGGACUGGCGUUCUGGACGAAUGAGGGGCAACCAGGCAUCCAGACCGAGCACUGGACCACGAUACAGCCUGGACAGCCGCGCAACUCGGUGCGCAUUAGCUCCAAGGCGGUCUUCGGGGGAGGCCUCUUCAUCUUCGAUCUGGCCCUCAUGCCGUGGGGCUGCGGUGUUUGGCCAGCGAUCUGGACGGUCGGAAACCUAGGCACAUGGCCUCAAUCGGGGGAGAUUGACAUUGUCGAAGGGACCCAGAAUAUGACUGCAAAUCAGAUGUCUGUCCACACUUCGUCCGGGUGCACCAUCAACACGUCCAACAGAGUCUUCACUGGCAACGCACUCGAAACAAACUGUGAUUCGACCAAGUCGGGAGUCGGAUGCAGCAUUGUGUCCGACUCGGACACCUCGUUCGGGCACAACUUUAAUGCGGCCGGUGGCGGUGUUUACGCCAUGCACAUCACGACAGGUUUCCCAACCCCUUCCGCAUGGGGACUGCCAGCUGGAACCUUUGACGCCUCGAACUGCAACCCGUUCCAGUUUUUCCAGCCGCAGGUGCUGGUACUGAACAUCAAUAUCUGCGGCGACUGGGCGGGCAAUACCUACUCUCAGUUCAGCUACUGCCCGGGAACAUGCGCCUCGUACAUUGCCGACCCGGCCAACAUCCAGAACACGGUCAUGAUCAUCAACUCGAUCAAGGUAUACCAGCAGGGAGGCAACCCCGCAGUCGUUGGGCAAGCCUUUGACAACCGCAACUUGACUGGAGCGGGAGGGCCGGUUGUCGGCAGAGGCCCCCUGCGCUCACUCGCGAGCUGCACGCACACGGCCCUACCCAAGACGGCUGUCAUUCUUGUAUCCUUCAUCAUUUUGAUCAGCUAA